CUGAGCAUUUCAGCUCAUAAAUAUUUGACUACAUUUUUCGAUUAUUCGAAAGUCUUAUUUCAGUGGGGAUUUUCUAAAUUCUGGUAAAUUAAAAUAGAUCAAAUUUUCCGCUCUUCUCCGCACUCGUUUCUCAUUCGUAAUGGCUGAAAAGUAUCCGACAGGCAAAAGUGAAGAAAACCACAUACCAUAUGAAGCGGUCAAGGCUAUCGCCGACAACAUCCUGUCACGGAUACAAGUCAAACCGGUCAUCGGUAUUAUAUGCGGCUCCGGACUGGGCUCUCUAACCGAAGCCAUUACGAAUGCACAAAAUAUCGAAUAUAAAGACAUACCCGGCUUUCCUGUCUCAACAGCGGCUGGGCAUGCAGGACGCUUGGUGAUCGGCAUGCUGGAGGGCUUACCGGUGUUGGCAAUGCAGGAACAUUUUCACUACUACGAGGGUUAUCCGCUGAUAAAGUGUGCGCUGCCGGUGCGCGUGAUGAAAUUAAUGGGUAUUGAGUAUCUGCUGGUCACCAAUGCAGCGAGUGGCAUAAAUCCCGCGUAUAAAGUUGGUGAUAUUAUGCUCAUACGCGAUCAUAUCAAUUUUGUAGGAAUAUCUGGUAAUUCGCCAUUACGCGGACCGAACGAUGAACGAUUUGGACCACGUUUCCCACCCAUGACGGAUGCCUUCGAUCCAGCGCUGAUAACACGCGCUCUGGGCAUAGCCGAAGAGAUGAGCAUACAGAAUGUUGUUAAGGUGGGCACAUAUUGCUUCAUCGGCGGGCCGAAUCACGAGUCGAUCGCUGAGUGUAAAAUGCUGCACACUGUUGGCGUAGAUGCAGUGGGUAUGUCCACUGCACAUGAAGUGGUUACCGCUCAGCACUGUGGUCUCAAGGUGUUCGCCCUCAGCUUGAUCACCAGCAAAGCCUCGCUGGAUUAUGAGAAGAAAGAGUACGCCAAUCACGCAGAGGUUGUGUCGGUGGAGAAAAGUCGGGAGAGCACUUGUAGCGAGCUUAUGUGCCGCAUGAUCAAAUCAGCAGAGAGCGGGGCACUAGUGGCCCAAAUUAUAAUAUAAAUACAACAAACCGAAAACGGGUUCAACAGAAUUUUAGAAAAUACUAUAAAAACUGGUGAUUCUUUCAAUUUUAAAAAAGUAAACCCAAUAAAAAUCUAUAAAGCAUA